UAUAGUGUAUCAUCAAGUUCAGUCUUCUCUCCACACAGCAAGCUUACAAAAGGGCAUCAAUGGCGCCCAAAGCCGUCUGUUUAUCCUCUCUCUCCUGUCUCUCUCCACUCUUUCUCUCCCACCAAUUCACAAACCCCAACCUUAAUUUUCUCACUCUCCACCCUUCAAAAGCCACCGUCAUCAUUUGUAAAUCCAUGCAAUCUCACACCCGCAACAUAACACCAAUCUCUGCAACCCAUUCCUCAGCCUCCGAGCCUGAACUCGAAGGAUCAGGAGCAGCCGCCCCGACUCGAGGGGAGAUCUUCCUCGAACGCCAACAAUCCAUGGCGGCUUCAGCUAUGGUGCUCGCGUUUAGUAGGAAGAAGAAGAAGAAAAGAGAGAAACUAAGUGGGUCUCUGAAGGUCUCCGCAGUAGCUCAUAGCUGUUAUGGUUGUGGAGCUCCGUUACAGACGUUGGAAGCGGAUGCUCCGGGUUAUGUGGAUCCUGAUACCUACGAACUGAAAAAGAAACACCGUCAACUUAGAAGAGUACUUUGUGGAAGAUGCCGACUAUUGUCUCAUGGGCACAUGAUUACUGCUGUUGGUGGAAAUGGAGGUUACUCUGGUGGGAAGCAGUUUGUUUCAGCCGAAGCACUUCGGGAGAAGCUAUCUCACUUGCGCCAUGAGAAAGCUUUGAUUGUUAAAUUGGUUGACAUAGUGGACUUCAGUGGCAGUUUUUUGGUUCGUGUGCGUGAUCUUGUUGGUGCAAAUCCAAUUAUAUUAGUUGUGACUAAGAUUGAUCUCCUUCCUAAAGGGACUGAUCUUAAUUGUGUUGGCGAUUGGGUUGUGGAGGCUACCACCAAAAAGAAGCUCAAUGUGUUAAGUGUCCACUUAACAAGUUCAAAGUCUUUGGUUGGAAUUGCUGGGUUUGUGUCAGAAAUUCAGAAGGAGAAAAAGGGACGGGACGUGUACAUUCUGGGCUCAGCUAAUGUUGGAAAAUCCGCAUUUAUCAAUGCUUUAUUGAAGAUGAUGUCGUAUAAAGACCCAGUUGCUGCAGCAGCACGAAAAUAUAAACCAAUACAAUCUGCUGUUCCUGGAACCACCUUGGGUCCAAUUCAGAUUGAUGCUUUCCAAGGAGGUGGGAAAUUAUACGACACGCCAGGUGUCCAUCUCCACCAUAGGCAAGCUGCAGUGGUUCAUUCAGAAGAUCUUCCUGCCUUGGCUCCCCAAAGUCGGCUCAGGGGCCAAUCAUUCCCAUAUAAUUCUCAGAUAGCCUUGGACAAGUUGACGGCAGACAGAAUUGAAUCCAAUGGCCUUAUUGGUUUUACAAUAUUUUGGGGAGGUCUUGUCCGAAUUGAUGUCAUAAAGGUUCUCCCACAGACAUGCUUGACAUUCUAUGGACCCAGGGCACUGCAGAUUCAUAUGGUUCCUACAGAUAAAGCAGAUGAAUUUUACCAGAAAGAACUUGGAGUUUUAUUGACACCUCCAAAUGGGAAACAAAGAGCAGAAAACUGGAUGGGACUUGAAACAGAACGCCUACUGCAGAUAAAGUGUGAAGAUGCAGAGAGGCCUGCUUGUGAUGUUGCCAUAUCCGGUCUUGGAUGGAUCGAAAUUGAACCAAGAAGCAGAUUGUCCGGAACUUCAGGUUUGAAUACAGAUGCAACUGCCCAAGAGCUAGUCUUGGCUGUCCAUGUCCCCAAGCCUGUUGAGAUUUUUGUUCGGCCUCCAUUGCCAGUGGGCAAGGCCGGAGGGGAGUGGUACCAGUAUCGAGAGUUGACGGAGAAGGAACAGGAAGUAAGACCAAAGUGGUACUUUUGAUAGAGAAUUUUUGUGUAUAAUUAAUCAAAUUGCAACGUAUAGGCAUAUGUAACUAAACAAAAACUGUAAUUCUAUAUACCAUUGGUUAUUUAUGAAGGAGGAUAGCACAAUCUGCAAUGAUUCUAUUUAGUAAA